CUGGUGCUGGCUACCCCCGACGCGUUCCCUGUCUUCCCCUACUCCCCUUAUCCCAUACAACUGGAUCUGAUGAAGAGCUUGUACGCUGCGAUUGAAGGGCGGCGCGUCGCCAUCUUCGAGUCUCCUACUGGCACUCUUGUUAUGCGGUGCAUUGACUUGGCUGAACGACGACAAGAAGCGGGCACGGGAUGGCGAACUGUCACUGUUCCGUGCGAGUCUGAAAUUGGAUGACGAGCCAGAUUGGAUACUCGAACAAACAGUUGCCCGGCACAAGAAGGCGUUGGAAGCGAAAGAAGAAGAAAUGAAGGAACGCUUAGAAGAAGCACGGCGAAAAGAAGAGAGAUUGCGAAAAAUUGAAGCUGUACGAGCGAACAGGAAAAGGAAGCUCGAAGAGAUGAUAUCCGAAGACAUGGAUGAAGCUGAAUUCUUGCCGGAUGACAACUCUGGCGGAGGCGGGGAGGACGCCAUGCUUCCGCAGACGAAGGUCUUACUGGAUAAACUGAUGGGCAAGCAGCGGCAGCGCAUCGAUGUGGAAUUGGAAGAGCCAGAUUGCACAAAAAUAUAUUACACAUCUCGAACCCAUUCACAGCUUUCUCAACUAGUAUCGGAGCUUCGCAAAACCCCGCUGUACGAGAAGACCCGAUUUGUCGCACUCGGAUCGCGCAGGAACCUAUGCAUCAAUCACGAACUUCGGAACAAAGCAGGCGGGGAUUUAGAUGAGGCUUGCAGAGACUUAGUGAACAAUAAACAGGGCAAAGGGUGCCCGUUCCUACCCUCCCACGAUGAAAUGUCAAAGAUGCUUGAUUUUCGAGACCAUGUUCUGGCAGCGCCUAAAGAUAUUGAAGAUCUCGUUACCUUAGGUGAAGAGCUCAAAAUAUGCCCUUACUACGGAUCGCGACAAGCCAUUAAACAAUCUGAGGUGGUAACAUUACCCUACAACCUCCUGUUGCAGAAAUCGGCAAGAGAAGCCCUGGACAUCAACUUACAUGAUCAAGUUGUGGUCAUCGAUGAAGCUCAUAAUCUGAUCGACACUGUACUCUCUAUCCACUCCGUAACUCUUUCGACGACGACACUGGAAACCUGCCUAGGUCAACUCGCAAUAUAUGUCACAAAGUUUCGCAAGAGACUAGCAUCGAAGCACCUAAUCCACCUCAAGCGUUUGGUGGCUUUCCUGUCGGCUCUGGAAAACUUCUGUCUGGACUGGCAAUCUGCAGAUGCGACCAAGAACGAGGAGAUGUUGUCGAUCGCAGGCGUCGCCGAGUCGCUGGGCCAGAAGGUGGACGGCAUCAACCUCCUGGAGAUUGAACAGUAUUUGAAGGAAAGCAAGAUUGCUCGAAAGAUCAGUGGCUAUAACGACAAACUCGCCGAAGACCAAGUCAAGAACGGCGACACAAAGUUCACUAAAUCCCGACGUACCACAAAUCCGCCGCUACAUGCAGUACAAGCCUUCCUGCUGGUCUUGAUGAACAGCGAUGAAGACGGCCGUGUGCACCUCUCGAAAUCGGUCAUAGACGGCAAAGUGGUUGUGACGUUGUGCUAUCAGCUCCUUAACCCCUCCCCCUCUUUCCAAGAAGUUGUCGACGAGGCAAGGGCAGUCGUCUUGGCAGGCGGGACAAUGGAACCGAUCAGCGACUUUCGAACGCAGCUCUUUCCCCGACUACUGGAGAAUCGGUUUGCGACCUUUUCAUGCGGGCAUGUUGUUGCCAAGGAGAACCUGACUGCCCUUGCUGUCUCCCGGGGCCCCAAAGGUGGGGAUUUGUCGUUCAAGUACAGCUCGCGAGGGGACAAGGGAAUGGCCAGUGAGCUCGGGCAGGCAUUGCUGAACUUUCUCAGUCUAGUUCCUGAUGGGAUGGUUGUGUUCAUGCCUUCUUACGCGUUUCUGAACCAGCUCAAGGAGA